CAAUGGACGGCUUUCACAUAUUGUUCUCGCCGCCUAUAAAUACCUAUAUUAAUAUUUUUCAAUUACAAGUUAAAAUCUUUAAUUAUAAUUAUAUCCUCCCUCAGGCUCCUCCCAUCUCUCUCUCUCUCUCUGUCUCUCUCUCCCUCUCACUCUCUCUCUCUCUCUCUGCGGAUUCUCUGGAGAGAGGCGUUCUCGGCUCCAAAUUCCACCUUCAAGGAAAAAUGACCGAACCAAAAUUAAACACACCCUUAAUGUCACCUUCAUCGCUGAAGCUCCCAGAUUUCAAGUCAUCGAUUAAGUUAAAAUAUGUCAAACUUGGAUACCAUCACCUCAUCACCCAUGGAAUGUACCUCUUCUUUUCUCCUCUUGUAGUAUUAUUCGUUGCACAACUCUCGACAUUUUCGCUCCAAGAUCUCCUUGAUCUUUGGAAUAAUCUUCAAUACAAUCUUAUUUCCGUAAUCCUCUGCUCGAGUCUUCUAGUUCUUUUGUCCACCGUUUACUUCGUUACUCGACCUCGCCCCGUCUACCUUGUGGACUUUUCCUGCUAUAAGCCCGAUGAUGCUCGAAAAUGCACAAUGAAGAAGUUUAUGGAUCAAUCACAGCUAACUGGCGAAUUCACGGAGGAGAAUCUUCAGUUUCAGCGCAAGAUUCUUGAAAGAUCUGGCCUUGGGAAUUCAACAUACCUUCCUGAGGCCGUCCUAAACAUUCCUCCAAAUCCAUCGAUGAAAGAAGCUAGAAAAGAAGCCGAAACUGUGAUGUAUGGUGCUAUUGAUGAGCUUUUCGCUAAGACCUCUGUUAAACCGAAAGAUAUUGGGAUCGUGAUCGUCAACUGUAGCCUGUUUAAUCCAACCCCGUCUUUGUCUGCCAUGGUCAUCAACCAUUACAAGCUCCGGGGAAACAUAGUAAGUUACAACUUAGGCGGUAUGGGUUGUAGUGCCAGUCUAAUAUCAAUAGAUCUUGCUAAAAAGCUUCUUCAAGUCCAUCCGAAUUCUUACGCUUUGGUUAUCAGUAUGGAGAACAUUACUUUGAAUUGGUACACUGGAAAUGAUCGAUCAAAGCUCAUUUCAAAUUGCUUGUUUCGAAUGGGAGGAGCUGCAAUACUCCUAUCUAACAAAUGGACUGACAAAAGAAGAUCCAAAUAUCGAUUAGUACAUACCGUGAGGACUCACAAGGGUGCAGAUGAUAAGUGCUUUGCAUGCGUGACCCAAGAAGAGGACGCUAAAGGGAGGGUUGGUGUUUCUUUAUCAAAAGAACUCAUGGCAGUCGCCGGUGAUGCUUUGAAGACGAACAUUACUACCAUGGGGCCUCUUGUACUUCCAAUGUCUGAGCAGUUGCUUUUCUUUGCUACAUUGAUCGGUAAGAAACUUUUCAAGAUGAAGAUCAAGCCUUACAUACCAGAUUUCCGAUUAGCUUUUGAGCACUUUUGCAUUCAUGCUGGAGGAAGAGCUGUGCUUGAUGAAAUGGAUGAAUUGGAGAAGAAUUUGCAGCUUUCUGAGUGGCACAUGGAGCCAUCAAGGAUGACACUUUACCGUUUUGGUAACACAUCAAGCAGCUCUCUAUGGUAUGAAUUGGCUUAUUCAGAAGCCAAGGGGAGGAUGAAGAAGGGAGAUAGAGUAUGGCAAAUAGCAUUUGGAUCGGGGUUUAAAUGUAACAGUGCUGUUUGGAAAGCUUUAAGGACCAUAAAACCAGCAAAGGAGGAGAACCCAUGGAUGGAUGAGAUUGAAAGCUUCCCGGUGGAAGUCCCAAAAGUGUUGACCAUCUAAACUCAAAAUGGUAAUGUCUGAGCAUUUUUUCAUGAUUAGUGUGAAAUCUCUCCUGAUAAGGGGAGGUUGGGCUUGAUUGUUGUUUCCAAUUAGAGGAUUGUUGGAAGGAUAGAAUUUUUAGUUUUCUUUCUAGUGCAGAUUAUAGAGAGAUUACAUUGGAGCCAAAUUAUUUGUUUCUAAUUUGUUGUGGGAUUUAGUCAUGUAAUUUUUCUCAUAAACAUGGUGGGAAUGGGUUCAAAUGAUAAGCUAGUGGAGGGUAUAUUUAUAAUUUCCAAUUUGUUUC